AAAACCUGAACCUGUGGUGUGCAAUGGAACCUAACUCAUUAUUGUGCAUGUCAUACUUGUACUGUCUUAGUCAAUUUAUUUCCUUGAUUUGUGCUAUAUAUUUGUCAUUAUAAAGUGGCCCAGUGUGCAAGAAUAAUGGUAAAGGUCGUCCAAGGAAUAAACUGUUGUUAAGCUAGGAGAGGGUCGUCAUUAGAAUAAACUACAUCUGUGUUUGGCUAGUUUUGUCCACCUGUUUCCCUACAAGCUCAAGAUGGCCGGCUGACAGUACAGUGCAAGUGGCAGAAGACACUCUGAGAACAGGGCAAGGUGGUGAAGAGAUACGGACCAGCUCUCCCAGGCUAUCAAGGAAGGCAAGGGAAGAUGCCGUGGCUGUGAAUGAGCCUAGUGGGAGGGACCCUGAUAAUUAUCUCCUUAACUCACUGUGGACGUUUUGGCGUGACGCUACACGAAGAGGAUCAACUGCCAAAGAUUUCUUUGAGAAUCUAAAACCUUUGUGUACAGUCAAGACCAUCAAGGCAUUUUGGGGUGUGGUCAACAAUAUUCGUCCCAUAGAGCAGUUGGGCGAGAGAGAGAGCUACCAUCUUAUGAGGAAUGAGAAUAGGAGACCUAUUUGGGAGGACUCUGAUAAUGCUCAUGGUGGAUUGUGGUCAUUCAAAGUCAGAAAGAUGCACACAACCAAGGUAUGACAGGAGCUGUUGUUGGCUGCUGUGGGUGAGCAGUUCUCAGAGUGUGUGGGCGGUGGUGACUGUGUGUGUGUGGUGUGAGUGUGAGGAUAAGAGGGUUCGAUCAAGAAAUCGUACAGAUCUGGAAUGAAGACAUGCCUGUCCUCUCAAAGAGCUACUGUUCUGUUGGACAGGAAAUGGUCCUCAACUUUAUCAACACUGAGGAGAUCAGCUCUGGGGUGGAGUUGUUGGAAGGGUGUGAGUGUGUGGUGCACUUUGACCCCUGCUAGCCGUGCUGAUGGGGCCGGGGAGGGGAGAAUGAGGUACAUAAGAGUUCCAAUAAAGAAGCAUCACUUGGCAAAGAUAAUUCUCAAGUCUCUCUCUGGGCUGGAGGUGGUUUCAGGCUACACCCAUUUCCUGUGUUGAGGAGCACAACAUGUGAUGACUAAGAGGUACAGAUUAUCAAGUAGCGUGUCCAAGGAGGACAGUAAGAGAGUCGUCACCUUCCUCAACCACCCAGGACUACAUCUCAUUCAGCAGGGGUCAAGUACAUGUACCUGUGCGGAAGGCGCCCCCUGAACCAUCCACUACCCCUCCAAUCGUCCCCCUGUACCCCCGGAUCCUGCUGCUAAGAAGAGGUCGCGAGGGUCAAAGGACAGAGGUCAUGAGGCGGCAGAUAAAGGGGAGGACCAUAAUACCAUUGACUAUCGAACAGCCACCCACCAAGAAGUGUUAGAGAAGCAGAUGACGUCAGUAGCUCAGCAUAUGAAUGCUAAUGGAGAGGCUCGUCAACGUGGUGGUGGUAUGACCCGAACCUUCUCCCCCCUCACUCCUAUCAUACAGCACCUCUGCAGCAAGUCAGAUGAGGCUGAUAGCAAGAGUGAGAGGUCCUCCAGGAGCCAGAGACACACAGAAGACGCUAGGAGAUCGGCUUCGAAAGUCAAGUUCUCUAAAACUAUUACCGAGUUUCCAGACUAUAGUCGCUAUGACAACCCGACAGAGAUCAAAUCAGUAUCAAGCCCAGGUCAAAGUCCAUCCCAUAGUCACCAUGGCAAGUUAGACGGGGACUCGCUUAGGGUCAAAGGUGAAAGCUCGGAACACAUCAGAAAAAAAUUAUUAUUAUUAGCAUAGCUCAUUAUUUUUAUUGCUUAUACUCAAGAUUUGUAUGUUACUAAUGAUAGUGUCAUUUGCCAUAUGCACAGUGUGUAAUGUAGGCCCUGAUAAAUUAUGCUCGGAAUAAUUUUUAGCAUAAUAGUCAUCAAUGGUAAAGAUCAUUACAUUAAGUUUUGCAUAACGACAUUUCAUGGCUUGAAGGAUUAUCACCAAUAUUAUGAGAAUCAUGAUUAUAUUAAUAAUGUCGUGUACAUGUGUCAGUUAGCUUUGCAUGUGUGCUGUGUUUAUGUUAAUUUAGUCUAUAAUUAUUAUUUUUGUCGCAUUCAUUUUUGGAUUUUUAAUAUAUAGGCACA